AUGAUCGCUCACCUACGAUCUCAUAAUAUCGUGGAUAGCAAAAAGUUAAAACCCGAAACCCCACAAAAACGACAAGCUACAUUACCAGCGAUGAUCAAAUCUAAUACUAAUACUCCGCAUAAAGGUGAAAGACGAAAAGAAAUAGUCAAAGGAGUUAUUGAAUGGAUUCUUCUGGAUAAUGAACCUUUAUCAGCACCAAGAAAAAAGGGAUUUCGUCGUAUGAUGGCAAUAAUUGAUCCAAAGUUUCUUCAUUUUUUUGAUUCACCAAAGCAACAAGAAAGAUUAGAGAAAGCGCAAAUAAGGGUAAUGGAAAGGGAUACAUUACCGUCUUCUAGCUCAGUUCAUGCUGAAGCUUAUACUGAAGUUUACCUUGAUGAUGAAGAGGUUGGUGAAAUUGAUGAUGGAAGUAAUACAGAAUCAGAAAAACAAUUAAAUGUAAAUACUACUUCUAAGCCCCUUCGUCCAAUUAAAGACUAUGGGCAAAAACUUAAACGAUACUUGCCUGAUGAAAAUGAAUGGAAAUUAAUCGAAGAAUUAGUUAAAACUUUUGAAAAAUUUGAUUAUGCAACAGAAGCAUUUAGUGCUGAAAAGUACUCUACGUUAUCAGUCGUAUAUCCCAUCAUUGAACUCCUGAAAUUCGAAUUCGCAGUAGAUCCAAAUCUGCCCUUAGUCGAUGAUGAUUAUGAUCUAAAUGAUGAAUAUGACAGUGGUAGCGAAGAUGAAGGUAGUGAAGACGAAGAGGAUUAUACUCAAGAUACCCUUAACAUCCAAUUAACAAUUGCUCAAGUUAAGCGGGCAAUUUACAAUUCACUUUGGAAAUAUUGGAGAACUUCAAUGUUCACUGGCCUUAUAACAACUUUACUAGAUCCAAGGCUCAAGAAAAUGCGCCCUUGGUCUGAAGAACUACGGAAAGAAACAAUUAGAAUAUGCCGUGAAGAAUAUAACAAUAUUAUUGACGAAACACCCACACAAUCAACACAUUCCAAC